AUGAAGAUCAUUGUCCUGGCCUUGUGUUGUGUUCUUACUGCAGCCGUCACCCAACGCAGAUUAACGGACGCGGAACAGCAGCAGGCAAUCGAUAAGUUGAACGAGGUUCGAAGAAGAGUGGCCAACGGAGAAGCCAUCAACAAAGAUGGAAACAAACUGCCUCCUGCAGCUGAUAUGCAACAACUGGUAAGUGCCGGUGAUUGUGCGUAUGACGGAUCAUACUUAUUAGAACGUCGAUACCACAUUCGAAGAUCAAGCUUACACCUGGGUAACGAAUUGUAAUUAUGAUUAUCAACCCAACUCAAACCAAUUGAUCAAUGCAUUCGACUCACUGACAUCUGAUUAUAUGGGCUCUCUCAACGCUGCGAUCGAGCAAUGGUAUAACUCCAGCCACCAAUUUUCCGGAAACGUCAGCAAGUUCCAAGACGACGAUAACACUGACUUUACAACUGUAGGUGAAAGCAACUUGAUCAUGAGUCCUUCAGCUCGCGUGGAACACCCUUAAUCUCACCGGAUGUGCUGUGGGUUUAUGCCCGCAGCUGAAAAACGGCGAUAAUUACCUGAAUAACUUUACCUUUGUCGCCUGCAAUUUCAACGCGGGCUCGAACUGGAUCGGAAAACCAAUCUAUGACCCUGGAACGGGUUGCGAAUCCUGUGCAUAUGGCUACCGUUGCAACAACUCUCUUUGCUACUAUGAUACUCAACUCCCCCCUAGAACUCCUGGGUGGCUGACAAUUGGAGAAAGAAAAGCUGUUUUGGACACUGUGAAUGGUCACAGAAGAGAUCUGGCAAAUGGAAAUGUGACUGAUGCGAAUGGAAAGACUCUCCCGACGGGAAGCAACAUUUUAGAGGUCGAGUACGAUAUUGGGCUGCAAAGCAUCGCCGUCAACAACUUCACAGAGUGCACCAGUGGCUUCCGUGAUUUGGCCGACUACAAUGUUCUCAGCAUCAUGUUGCAGGGAGUUGAGACACCAGAUGGCGUAAGUUUAACGCUAGAGAUCUGUUUAGUGAAAUUGACGCGGCUACUGAUCCCUUUUCAGCAAGAAUACAAGGGCGCAUUUGAAUAUGCGAUUAACAGUUGGUGGUGGCCCGCAGGUUACAAUAACUCCAUCAGCAACUACCAAGGGUCCAGCAGCAACUUUGCCAAACUUGGUUGGGCCAAGGCUUCAAGAAUCGGGUGCAAUCGCGAGAUCUGUUUAUUCCAACAACAAAACGUCACAGUUAGCAAGAUUGUCUGUGUAUUGGGAGAGGAGAAGGGCGCUGUUAUUGGCCAACCUAUCUACUCCAGUGGAGCCACUUGCUCCGCCUGUCCGAGUGGCUACAGCUGCAGCAAUUCUCUCUGUGUGAAAACUGUCAGCGAGUGCAGCGUCAGCGACUAG